AGAAUGGAGAAGGUGGAUGAGCUUCGGUUACGGAUGAUGGACGUACCACCUUUAGAGGACGAGCCGGACUUCUUCAACAGUGACCAGACGUUAGUCAGGUUUUUAAAGGCUCGUGAAUGGAAUUUAGACAACGCGGAAACACUUUUGAAAUCAACAGUGGAACACAGAAGAAACACGAAACCACUCCAUAUAGACUGUCACUGGUGCCACGAGCGACCGGGGCAUCAUUCAAUGAGACAAGUUGGAUUUGACGAGAGUGGUCGGCCCGUCAUCUACUCAAGUUUCGCCCAGGCGUCCACACACAAGAAUACUGUUGAAGACUCGGUAACUCACUGUACCUACCUCAUAGAGAAUGCCAAAAGGACCAUGCAGCUAGGUACCAGUACAUGGGUAUGGAUAAUCGACUGCUCAGGUAUGACUCUGACAGCGUGUAACCCAAAGUUGGGCUACGGGGUCACACAGGUCAUGUCUAACUACUACCCGGAACGCCUCGGACUCGUCAUCUGUCUAAACCAUAGUCCGGUGUUCCAAGGCGUCUGGAAAGCCAUUAAAGUCUUUCUUCAUCCAAACACUAUAGCCAAAAUGAGACUUGUACGUUCUAAAGACAAAUAUUUGAAACUGUUCGAAAAUUAUUUCGAUAAUGAGUUAACUGAAUGGUUAUUGGAAGAAAUAAGAUUGAAUAAAACAAAACCGCUUUCAAAGACUCAAGUGGAGUUUUGGAAUCCCCCAGUUGACCAGAGUGCACAUGAUCCACGUGGAUGUCCCUCUUACGUCACAAAGUACAUAGAUAAUCUGGAUCCUUCAGACUCUUCAUUGACACAUCGACCACACCCAAAUAUUGUAGAUAGUGCAUCCGGAACUGUUCAGACAAUUAGCGUGUCGUCGGAAGAACGACAUGAACGCGAAGAUUUACUUGCGGAUCAUUCUGAUUUGGUCAGCGGCGUUGACCAGGAAGUGACCGGUGAUAAAAGUGAUGAAGAACAGGAAGAAACCUUUGUUGCAUUGGAAAUCCCCAAAGAUUUCCAGAUUUCUCAAUCUGCCUCAGAAGUGUCCUAG